CAGAGGCGAGGUUGGUCGCCCAUGGCAACGAGGGCAGGCCCGGCCCGCUCGUGGGCCUAGCAGUCCGCCGCCGUGCCCCGCCUCGAGUGGGCGGCAGGCCGGGCGGGGCCAGCUCGGCCAGGGCCUCUUCUGGAGCGCCCUCCUCCUCCUCCUCCUCCUCCUCCUCUGCCUUCUCCACCAGCCAUGGCUCCCGCCGGCGACCGGGAUGGCUAUUGGGGCCCCCCCACGUCCACCCUCGACUGGUGCGAGGAGAACUACGUCGUCUCUUACUACAUCGCCGAGUUCUGGAACACCGUUAGCAACCUGAUUUUCAUUCUACCUCCAAUCUAUGGUGCAAUUCAGAGUUAUAGAGAUGGCCUUGAAAAACGAUACAUCAUUGCUUAUUUGUGUGUCACAGCUGUGGGGUUGGGCUCUUGGUGCUUUCACAUGACUCUAAAGUAUGAAAUGCAGCUAUUGGAUGAACUGCCCAUGAUCUACAGUUGUUGCAUGUUUGUCUACUGCCUAUAUGAAUGCUUCAAGUACAAGAAUACAAUCAACUACCCCCUCUUGUUUCUCCUAGUAGCCUACAGCAUUGGCGUCACCAUAGUAUACCUGAAUUGGAAACAGCCUGUGUUUCACCAGGUUAUGUAUGGAACAUUAGUGGCUGUUUUAGUUCUACGUUCUGUGUAUAUAGUGUUGUGGGUAUAUCCAUGGCUCAGAGGACUGGGCUAUACAUCUCUGACUGUAUUUCUGCUGGGCUUUUUCCUUUGGAAUGUAGACAAUAUAUUCUGCGACAAACUGAGGGGUUUACGUGAGCGGCUGCCUCCACUUGUGAGUGUCGUGACACAGUUUCAUGCUUGGUGGCACAUAUUUACAGGUCUCGGCUCCUACCUUCAUAUCUUGUUCAGCUUAUAUUCAAGGACACUAUACCUGAAGUACAGGCCGAAGGUUAAGUUUCUUUUUGGGAUUUGGCCGGUUCUUCUAGUAGAAUCGACUAAGAAGCAAUGAUAAGGAACACCUGGCCAGAACUGAAGUACUGCCUGCCAUGGAUGCAUAAGGAGAUUCUGCAAUCAUUUUGACAGAUGCGUUGGAAGUUCGCGGGGAGUGCAAAGGACUCCUGGAGUCGUGGAGAAAUCAUGUAGAACCAACGUUUCUCAGGAAACCACGAUUACAGGUUUUUCCUGUUUGAGGUGUCAAAACGAGAGCGCAGUUUUCUUAUGUACCUGUUGAAAAGCUUGAAAAGUCGGACUGGCAUAUUGGACUGGUCACAGCAAACAGGCCACACUUACUUUUUGAAAGCAGGUUUGACCAGUCCUCUGUGAUUGAACCGUAAAAUGCUUGUAACUGAAUUGUGAGUAACAUUGGAGCCAAAUGAGGAGGAGCAAUCCAUUUGAUUAAUAAGGGACUCAGUGUUCUGUUGUGUGUUUUAAUGUGUCCACUGCUUACGUUGUAAUGGUUUUGGAAGCUGUCUUCUGUCAUUGUCUCAAAAUUGCUGCCUUUAAUGACUAGUGCAGAUUCUGGACGGCUAAGGUAGAAGCACUGUUCUUCUCAAUGGGUGACACAUUCCGUUCUUUGUACAGAAUGUGGGACAUUGAUUGAGAGUUCCCUUGACGUGCAAAAGAAUAAUGCCCCAGAGGUUUAGAAACUACGGUUGCCUCUAAAACGGUCUUGCUUUUCAUGGAUGACCCAAUGUCCAGCCAACUGCACAAGUCAGCCACUGCCUUUGUUCUUGAUAGAAGUGGUAGAAGUGCUAAAUGCUUUGCAAUGUGGGGAAGGAAACUGAAGUAGGCCUCUCUCUCUAGCUCUACAUCCACUUGGGAUUGCAAUACAUUUUUGGAUCAGUGCAGAGGCUGUGUUAGUAUAGAGAUAGCUGUGCUAUCUCCCUAGGAUGUAUACUUCCCUUGUCUUUCUCACAUGCCAUCGAUGGGCACUCUUUUGACUGAUCUAAAUUAUAACCAUGAUCCGUCCUUUCGAUUUCUAGUCCUUUGACCAUCCUCUACCUCUUUUUUUUAUUCUGAAGUCUGUUAAGCACAGUUUUUUUCUCUUACUCAAUUUUACUUAGUAACAUCUAGUGUUCAGUCUUACAUUUCCAAGCUUUAAAACAGCUAGGAUAUGCUUUUCAACCAUUUUCAGGUUUUUAUGGUGACCUGGUACCUAACCUGCCAGAUAAGGAGGCCUGUAUUUGUAAGCCAAAGGGGCCAGCCUCCUUUGACCACAUUGAUUUCAUAGAAUCAAAGAGUUGGAAGAGACCUCAUGGGCCAUCCAGUCCAACCCCCUGCCAAGAAGCAGGAAUGUUGCAUUCAAAUCACCCCUGACAGAUGGCCAUCCAGCCUCUGUUUAAAAGCUUCCAAAGAAGGAGCCUCCACCACACUCCGGGGCAGAGAGUUCCACUGCUGAACGGCUCUCACAGUCAGGAAGUUCUUCCUCAUGUUCAGAUGGAAUCUCCUUUCUUAUAGUUUGAAGCCAUUGUUUCGCAUCUUAGUCUCCAGGGAAGCAGAAAACAAGCUUGCUCCCUCCUCCCUGUGGCUUCCUCUCACAUAUUUAUACAUGGCUAUCAUAUUUCCUCUCAGCCUCUGAUUUGGGGAUAUAAACAUUGACAAUGAGGUUUCUAUCUAGUUCAAAACAAUUAUGUGGAAUUAAAUCUAAGGCUCCAUUAUUUUCUUUUUUUUUAAUAACAAACUCUCUAGGUUAGUGGUUCUCAACCUGUGGUUCCCAGAUGUUUUGGCCCUCAGUUCCCAGAAAUCCUUAUAGCUGAUAAUCUGGCUGGGAUUUCUGGGAGUUGUAGGCCAAAACACCCGGGGACGCACAGGUUGAGAACCAGUGCUCUAGGUAAUACGCACACAUAGAGCCUCUGGCUUUGGAACAGUCCCUGUCUCUCAACCUAACCUGCAAUCGUGUUCAUGGAGGUCAAAGUCGUUAAUGGUUACUAGUCAUGAAAAGUACUUGUUAACUUCCCAUCCCAAGUAGUGUGUCUUAUCAGUACCAACUUAUGGAGAAUACACUGCUCUUGUACACUUACGUCCUGUUAAUAUAAUUCCCAGGGGCAUCUGGAUGGUGACUGUAAGUAAAAAACAUGGAGCAAGUAGACUUGGUUUGGACCUGGAAGGACUCAUGUUGUUAGGCAGGGGUCCCCAAACUAAGGCCCGUGGGCCGGAUGCGGCCCUCCAAGGUCAUUUAUCUGGCCUCUGCCCGAAACUUUAGACUUAGGUUUGCCCUAAGUGUGAAAUUACUUGAAGGCACACAACAACAAUCGUAAUUCAUCAUCCAAAAGUAGGCCCACACUUCCCAUUGAAAAUUGUUCUUCAUUUUAAAUAUUGUUUUGUCUUUCAUUGAUUUUUUUAUUUUUAUUUUUUUGCAUUAUAGAUAAGAUAAGUGCAGUGCGUAUAGGAAUCACUUCAUUUUUUCCCAAACUAUAGUUCGGCCCCCCAACAGUCUUGAGAAACCGUGAACCGGCCCCUGACUUAAAAAGUUUGAAAAUCCCUGUUGUUAGGAGAAAUGUGCAUGCCAUUGUGAGCUUUUUGGAGAGCAGGCAAUAUAAUGAUGUAAUGUCAUAUUUCUUUGAUUCUGAAGUACCAUUGAUUGUAGGGCACAUACUAAUUUCAGUACCACCAACAGAAUAAGCCAUUCCACCAAAGCAGAUAGUAUCUGCAAUUCUAAGAUGCACCCUGCUUUUAAAGAUUUUUAUAUGGGGGUGCAUCUUAGAAUCAAAAUAAUGUAGUAAAUGAAUUUGUUGGGACUGUGAGUUCUCCAAAAGUUUAGUGUGUGUGUGUGUGUCAGGAGUGACUUCAGAAACUGCAAGUUGCUUCUGGUGUGAGAGAAUUGGCCGUCUGCAAGGACGUUGCCCAGGGGACACCCAGAUAUGCUCCAUCCUGUGGGAGGCUUCUUUCAAUGUCCCUGCAUGAGAAGCUGGAGCUGACAGUCCUGGCAGCACAAGGGUUUAACCCAUUGUGACACUGGGGGAUCUUCUCCAAAAGAUAAACAGAGAGGAAAGGCAAACAAAAACAUUGGCCUGAGUUCAUUGGCAUCCCCAAAUACGUAAAAAUGAAGCAAGUCUCACAUACAUACUAGUAGUCUCACAAUAAGUUUAGAAUCCAGCUGUUGAUCUUUUGUUUAACUGGGAUAAAAACCUCUUUGAGCACAUUGCUUCUCUUCCAUAUGCUCUUUGAACUUCUGUAUCCUUCAUCCUCAAGUUGCCAAGCCUCUCUCUUGAGAUAGCCAGCGCUCUCACUCUUGAGGUGCCUGAGGCAUUACAUUCAUGAUUUUCACUCUGAGCCAAAAUGGCCAGUUCUCUUAAGGUCAACCUACUGCCUUCUAUGGUGCUGGAAUUUACUUUUCAUGGACAGUAGGGAUAUUUGAUAGUUAUAGCACAGUAGGGUGCAGCCUAGCCAGUUGUAUAUAUGAGCUUAUGGUAGAAAAAAAAUAUGCAGGAUGCUCUGGUAACAUUUAAAAAUGUAAGAAUGUAUUGCAGCAGAUAAUACAUCUUGGAUAAAAGACUAGAUAGGCAAAAUAAAGUUACCUAACUUUGGCAAAAGACUCCGUAAUGCUGAAUCUCAUGUGAGAACCAUAUAAUAAAAGCCUUAUAGUAUUUCUCCUACAUGCUGCCAGGAUAGAAAUAGUCAAGUGUCAGGAGCAACUUGAGAAACUGCAAGUCUCUUCUGAUGUGAGAGAAUUGGCCAUCUGCAAGGACGUUGUCCAGAGGACACCCAGAUGUUUUAUCAUCCUGUGGGAGGCUUCUCUCAUGUCCCCGCACAAGAAGCUGGAAGUGACAGAUGGGAGCUCACCCCACUUCCCAGAUUUGAACCGCUGACCUUUCGGUCAGCAGUCCUGACCCAUUGUGCCACUGGGGGCUCCUAGUCAAGGUUUGGGAGGGAUGCAGAAUAAGGGCCAUCCAUAACUUUAAAAAUUAAAAUACAAAUUAAAAUUGGAGGAGAAAUAAAAUGAAAUUUAUUCAAGGCUAUAUCGAAAUUAUUUAGCAGCCUUAUUUGCCAGAGUAAUUGCAAAUUUAAACCACUCUCAGAUCAAGUUGGAUUUGGUUAAAUGACUAGAGAAAAUUAUGGCUAUUAAUAAAAUUUGAAGGCAUAAUAGAGGAUCAUUUAUUAAGUGGCUUGACAGAGUCGUUUGUUAAUGUCUGUGGCUUGGGGAGAAGAGGAUGGAUGGGAUAAGGUAAAACGUUAGAUUGUUAAAAUUCAGCACAAAAUCUUCCCAGUGAUAACUCAGAGAUAUUUUAGAUCACAAGCAAGUGAGUUUAGCAUCAUCAGAUAAAGUCAUUGCUAUUCUGUUCCUUUCCCCGAUUUAUAGAUCUGGCUCUAUAUCCUGCCAGCCAAUAUUUUCCUGAGAGAGGGUGAUUUUAUUCCAUUUCUCUUAUGUAAUAGCUUCACAUGGGUUUUGAUGCAAACAUUAUACAGUGAGCAUCAGUGACCACUCAUCAAUGAUUUUUUUGGUGAUGUGCCUCCAUCUCUAUUAUGAGUUGAAAAGCAAUUUCCCCCAAUUUUCUCUCCAAAACCUCUUGUUGCAGAAUGGCAAAAAAAGAA